GAGGAUGAAACGGAACGUCUUUUGUAUUGAUUUUUGCAGCACCUAGGUACUUGCCUAUACAUUUAUUUUCAGAAAGUAGCAAACGAUUUAUUAUGUCUAUCCCAUUUAGUGGCGCAAUAAGAAAAUCUGGGGGAGUUGCUUCUGCGAUAGGAAAGCAAUUAAAGGCCGUGAAUCUAAAAGCUGCAAAGAGGAUUACAGUGAAAUUCGAUCCUUUCGGAGACAACGUUGCUCACACUAGAAAUUUUCUGCAUUAUAUCAGUUCUCCAAAAAUAAGCUUAACAAAUCCAAACUGUUCUUUGAAGACAGAAGUGGUAUGUGAUCGCAGUGAACCAGUUGUUGAAGUGGCUAUAGUGCCUUCCAUAGCAGACACAUCAAAGAUAAAAAAAGUUACACUAAAAAGUAGUAAUCUAACUUGUUUGGAAAUACUUCAGCUGUUUAAUAAACACAUCUCUUCAAUAGCACCUGUUGAACAGUCCGUAUCCUCAAUUCAAACUAAGUCAGAGAAGAAGAAAACCAAAAAGAAGUAGUGUAAUCAUGGCCAAGUCUAAAGGAAACCUGCAUGUUGUGGAGGAAAUUUACAACCAGAUACCAUCAUUCACAGAUAUAUUUUCUGAAGACACCUUUUAUAUAUUUGUAGCUUUCUUUGUAAUGGCUACUAUACUGGUUGCAUUCAUGUUGUCUAGAUUUGUUACUAUUAAACCUGUAGAUUAGAUGUUUAUUGUUAGAAUGAUUAUUAUGAAAUAAAUUUUAAA